AUGGCUGCCACAGCUCGCCGACAGGGUUCGAAUCCCUCCAACGAGCCAGAGCUUUUUGAAACGUUGCGACAGAUGAUCGACAAGUAUCCCUGGGGCCUUGAGUCAGGCAUGACGUUUCUCAUCGGAGUAGACUUUGGGACCAUCCAUUCCACCGCGGUGGUGCGUCUGGCCCAGAGGCCACAGGAAUUCAUACGAGGCAACGUCCCUGGCGACAACGGAAAUAUAUUUGUGGGCAGGCGACAGCAGCUCUCCUACCGUAUUCCCUCCAAGGUAGCCAUCGCAGCCCAGUACCCUGAAGCACUUGGGCUGCCGGACCGAUGUGCUAUGUUAUUUGGCCACUCCGUCGAUCAGGCUCUCGAAGAACGCACAGUCAGCGAUGAAGAUGUGGUCGAUCUGUUGAAGUUGUUCCUGUUCCCCGAAUAUACCGCUGAUGAUAACGGAGCUGUCGGCCAGCUCAUGAGGCAAACCCGUGUGCAGCACGAUGCCUUGGUCAACAAAAUCGGGAACAGACAUGAGUACAAGGUCUUGUACAAGGAAAAGUUGCAGGAUCGCGAAUGGGGUUCAGGAGAAGUCAAAAAGAUGGAAGAUGUCGUCGUCGCUUACUUGAAAUUCAUUCUGCACAACACUCUGUUGGAGAUUGCUCACGAGAUGGGCGUUGCGGCCAAGGAGAAUGACGGGACAUUCGUGAAACUUCGUCAGAUUUUUGAACAAGAGUCGCAUGUGGCAGUAUCUGUGCCCACGAUGUGGUCACGGACAACCCGAGACAAUUUCUUGAAGCUCUUGCAUGGCGCCGGUUUCCCAAGUUCAACUGCACUCGUUCCCGAAGCAGUGUCGGCAGCGGUAGGCCACUUCAACCGUACCUCGAACUUGAGGGACGACAAACGCGAGCCGGUCAACAUGAUCCUCGUGGAUAUUGGUGGUGCCACUUUUGAUGUGGCUGGAGUCAGAAAAUACUUUCAGAGUGGAUCGGCGCGAUUUGGAGAGAUCGUGAAACAGAAGGGCUCUUUCCAUGGCUCGAUCAGACUCAACCAGCUUAUGGUCAGGCACGUCGCCCAAAUCUUUGGAAGAAGCCGCUUGAGGUCUGUCCUCGACAGCCUAGGCUGGACAGCAGAAGAAUGGUCCCAGAAUAUCAAAGACGGCUUCGAAAUCACAAAGAGAUCAUUCGACAACACCGAGGACACAUACGUCAUCGGACUUCCAGGUUUAGCUCAAGCACAAGAUAUGGGCGGUGCCGUGGGCGGUGCCGUGGGCGGUGCCGUGGGUAGUGCUGCGCUUCAAGAAUGCGAACUCAGACCUGAUGGGCUCGUCGUCGGCAGAGAAGUGGUAAAAGCAGUCUUUGACAAGUGGCUGGUCGAAAUCAUCAAGAUUAUCCGACAAUCUCAGGACGAGUUCGAGAACAAAUACCCGAAUGCCCUCGCUCCUCUUCUCACACUGUGCGGGUGGGGAUCUCUACCACCGUAUGUUUUGCAGAAAUGCAAUGAAGAGUUCCGUGGCAACAAUGUCACUCUCAUCGAAAAAAAGAAGGUCCCUCUCAUUGCCCAGGGAAAUGUCGUGACCUUGCUUCGCGCAGACUUGUUCUUUGAUGUACCAGCCCGGUACAGCUACGGCAUAAGAAUUGACAUGCUAUGGGAAGACGUCGAUGUGGAGCAUCAAACAAAUCAAGAGUUAGUCGAUGCGCAGACGGAGGAUGGGUACUUCCUUCCCGACCGCGCUCUAUGGGUGGUGAGAAAGGGUGAAAGUCUCAUCGGUCCGAAAGGGCUGUUUUUUAAGGAGGGUCACACACGCGUGACAGCGAGAAGCAUCCGCCGGACAUUUCCUUUCCUCUGGGAGAUUGAUGUUCUUAGCAGCAGCCAUGUUGAGGUGCACGGCAGCGACAAAUAUGGGGCUGUCUCAAGAGCAAUAGAGGCCGGUAGAAUUAGGGUUGUUAAGCGGGACUCUAUGGCCAUCGACAAGAAAAGUUGCAAGAUCAAACCUCACCCAGCCUGCAUGCGUUUCAAUGAUCCGGCCUACAUCGAAUUCGACUUUCGGAUGAGAGUGGACUUCAACACCAUUUGCCCAAAGGUGAUCAUCUCCAUCCCUGCAGAGGGAGGAGAGUUCAAAGAGCCCCUAGAUGAGAACUGGACAGAAGAGUCAGAAGAUUGUCACCUUGUGGGGAUCGAAUUAGGGCUUCUCCAUGAUCACACGGCGUUUCAAGGCAAUAAAGAUGCCAAGCUUGAUGCAAAUCCAGACAUGGACGAUGAGGAUGAGGAAUCUGGGACAGAGAAUGAUUGA